AUGGCAACAUCUACUUCAACUCCUAUCACAUACUACUUCCCAACGACCUUAAUCUCCUCUACCCACAACACCAUCACCAAAGCAACAGCCACGGACCACUUUUCCCCUCCUGGUUAUUCCACGUACCCUUCCUAUUCAACAAACGAGCCAACGACAACCUACUCCACAACUUACAUCCUUCCCACCACAACCACCUCCUUCACAUCCAGCACCUUCAUUUCUCCAUCCUUCACCUGGUCAGGACCCACCGAUGUCCCCACCGCCAUACCAACUUAUAGCGUGUACCGCAUGAGGAAGCGUGCUGACCCUCCCAAACUUACACCAGAACAAAUCGAAUUAAUGAGAUUACUUGUCCAAAUAUAUGAUCAGAUAGAAAAAGCAAAACUAGUCAUAGAUGAUGCAAUUGAGCUUGGCAAUAUGGAAUGUCAGAGCUUCAAGGAUUUGGUUGCUAAUCUGAGGAAGUAUGCGGUUUUUUUUGAGGGACUUCAGGAGUGGCUUGAUGCUCGGGAUAUGAAGGCUGACAAAAAUCUAGUCCAAAACUCUUCGUCGGUCUUCUCGUCAGUCUUAAGCUCGUACUCAAGUGUAUCAAAUGCUCCGACUACUUCCAUUUAUACUCCCCGAACUGCAUCCACUACUUCGGUGGUAGUUACAAACAUCGAUAAUACCUCAAUUUCAUCUUCAACUGCAUGUCCGUCUUUAGUUGCAAGAGAUAACGACGACAGCGACGCUCCUCUUCUUGCUGCCACAGAUACAAUUCAUCAAGCAAAAGAAUUAGCCGACAUUGCUGAAAGUUGCGACUCAAAUGGGACUACGACAGAGCCUCCUCCAACGGAUCCUAAUACUCCUCCCACGGUUCCCAAUCCUCCGCCUAAGAAGAAGCGUAAUCCAUGGCAAAGAUUUUUGGACUGGCUCGAGAGACAAGGCAUACGUGUAGAGCCGAAUGGAGAUGAUACAUCCGAACAAAGUGUUAUCUCAUCAAGCAGAUAUCGAUCGGCUUCAAUAAGUCCCAGCAUCUUUUCAACCACUACAUUCUCAUCAGAUACAAGUAUUCUCAGCUCUCUACCCUCCUCCAAUCUCACACCUACUACAACUUCGACUACUUCUACCUGUAGCGCAAGCUCAAAAAGCACAGAUUCAUGUCCACCUCUUGAACUGAUAGGUGGAGACCUCGGUCCCGAUGAGAAGGAUAUGCCACUCACUGACCAAAAGCUUGAAAAAUGCAAAGAAUAUCAAACAUCGCACCCCCCACCAAGUACCAACUAUGGCCCACCUGGAUCUCCGGGAUAUAACGAGUAUGCGAAAAUUUCUCUCCAUUGCGCGCUUCUUAAGGAUUUAGCUGAGAAUGUUAAGAGAAGGAAAGAAUAUAUUAUUAAUACUUCGCUUAUGUGGCGCUUUGAUUGUGUUCAGGAUGCUGUUGCUUGGCUUCAAAAAUGGGCUCCUUAUAUAGAGGGUCUUAAUGAAUGGUUAGAGGAAUAUAAGGAGGAUUGGCUUCCGAUGUGUUGA